AUGGUUGCUUCUCGGGGAGCUAAUCCCCGCUCUCUGUGGCGUACUCGCAUUUCCAUCGCAUCUCCCCGAUUUGUUUCGGUUUCGGCCCGCACUCUGUCAAUCAAUUGUCGCCAGAUCACUCCCUAUAAUGGCCGACGCUCGGCAAGUCGGACCGCUUCGACAUCACAAUUGCUACGCAAAGUUUCUAUCAGCCAGUCAUCAUUCUCGACAUCGUCAUCUUCACUUUUGCCUGACUCUGAUUGGGACCACAACCCGGAUCUCUCCAUCUCCAAUUUCUCCGACCUUCCGUCCAAAGACUUCGGAGUCAAUCAGCACAUGAUUAUAAACCAAGAGUUCAAGGAGGCUUUGCGAAUGAUCCUUUGGCAGUUCAAAGCACCAAUUAGAUACGCCUUUGCCUAUGGAUCAGGUGUGUUCCCACAAAAUGGCAGCACCGCCCCGUCUAGCUCGUUGCACCCCUCGGCACCGACGGCCAUCCAGAAUAUGCAACAGGGUUCCGGGAAGAUGAUCGACUUUAUUUUUGGAGUUUCUUACUCCCAACAUUGGCACGACCUGAAUCUAACCCAACAUCGUGAUCAUUAUUCCGGGAUGGGGUCACUUGGCUCGUACAUGGUUUCCCAAGUUCAAGACCGCUUCGGCGCCGGCGUCUACUUCCACCCUUAUAUUACUGUGAACGGAACAAUGAUUAAGUAUGGUGUGGUCAACCUUGAUACGUUAUGCCGGGAUCUCACUCAGUGGGACACCAUGUAUCUUGCCGGUCGUCUGCACAAGCCCGUCAAGAUCCUGCGCGAUCACCCUAAGGUGCGGUUAGCGAACCAAAUGAACUUGUUGUCUGCUCUGCGAGUUGCACUGCUGCUGCUACCGGAAAGAUUCAGUGAGUUUGAAUUAUACAGCACAAUCGCAGGAAUGAGCUAUAUGGGAGAUCUGCGGAUGGCCCUCCCAGCCGAGGAUCCCGCUAAGGUACGGAAUAUCGUUUCGGGGCAAAUGGCACACUUCCGCCGUUUGUAUGCGCCACUCAUCCAGAAUCUGCCCAAUGUCACCUUCCAGGAUCCUCGUUGCAGCAACGAGGAUUGGAUUGAUGACGAGAACGCUAUUUUGGCCAUGGCCCAGGACAUGGACCCGGUAAAGCGUGGUAAUAUGGUUCGCCGCCUGCCUGAAUCUUUCCGACAAAAGCUAUACUUCCAAUACCAGUCUCGCUAUCAGAUCCCGCGGGCCGAGUUCGACCAGAUGAUAAAGGAGAACAGUGACUCCGAGGAAAUGCUUCGACGACCCCAAGGAGGUCCUUUCGAGAGACGGAUUGCCCGCGAUGACUCCCUUCAGGAGGAGGUCGCCAGGUCUAUUGAGAAAACCAUCCGCUGGCCCAGCACUGUUCAGACUAUCAAGGCGCCUUUGACAGCCGGUCUUGGCAAGAGCUGGACCUACCUGAAAGAGAAGCGCGACAAGCACAAGAAGUCUCAGAUGGCCAAGGCGGCUGCAUUAACUGAAAAGUCUACUGAGGCCAGUAAGCCAGCCGAGGAGCCCAAACCCUCGGAGACACGGAAAUCGGAGAUUAAGGAGACUAAGCAGGAGUAG